GGUGCUGCUUUAGUAUCGAAACGGUUUCCAAGUUAGAACAACAAACUGUAGCAUCAGUUGGGGCAUUCCCGUACGAAAGUUGCACUCCAGAAACCAUUCAGCUUGCAUUAGAUGUUCAGCCUUCUGUUGGUAAAGACGUAUUUAGCUGAAACUUAUUUUGUGAAGUAGUAAGCUUGAUCUAGUAGGACGAGGUAGGAAGGUGCAUUACCAACUGCCAUGAUCAGCAAGAAAGAUGAAGAGGAUUUUGAAGCUUCUUUGAGUAAGGUGGACGAAGUUAUGAAGAUACUCAACAUGAUGACUAGUGGCGAUAAAAGCAAGGAAGAAAUGGGGGUGGCUUUCGCUGAUCAGUAUCUGGGAGAGGACAAGAAGGACCUGGAAAAAAUUAACGUUGACAAUUUUAUCGUUCGGGUGAACCAGGAGCGAACUGUUAUCAACAAAAGUAGCGAGGAUUCUUUGGAUAAACCUAUGAUGGCCGAUAAAUUUGCAUUCAUGGCGGAAGUGGAGCGAGAUGCUGCCAGACGGGCUUCCGAACGGAAGGAGCGAGAGCAAACCGCACAAGGAUUGCGGCGGGCAGGAAAUCGAGCAUUUCGAAAAGGAGAGUAUGAAAAGGCAAUCAGUAUGUACACAAAAGCGAUCGAUCAGAUACGCGACAGCCCAAUAUUGUACAAUAACCGAGCCUUGGCAUACAUCAAGAUUAAAAUGUGCAAGCGUGCGAUUAUUGAUUGCGAUUUUGUAAUUAGCAAGUUGGACGAGAAGAACUUGCACUCAUGGAUCUAUAGAGCCCAAGGCUAUUUCUUGCUGGGGGAGAUGAGAGCUUACGAGAAGAGUGUAUCUGAGGCGAAGAAGCACAAUCCAAAGGAGCUGGACUAUCUUGACCGAAUUGUGGCUGAAAUUGAGGGGAAAAAAGAUUCGGAUGAGGCAGCAACAGAGGAAUCCGCACUGAUGGAAGGUGGAGGGGAUAGUAAGGAUCGAACUCUUCCAACAGAUGAUGUGCAAUCUAAUUCUUCUACCGAAAUGUAGUCGGAAUCAUAAAUUUAACUAAUCACAAUAAAAUCAUUUCUAUACUAUUUUAUCUAAUACCUAACAACAUAACAAUUAUU